AUGGUCGUACAAGGCAUCAAAUCCGUUUCAACCUCGAGGAACGGUCUCGCCUCCUUCAUCCUCCAAUGUAAACGCCUCGACCUGCACUACUGCGACUGGGCCGGGUCCAGCCGCGGGAUGAAAUCGUUCCUCACGUCCCCGAUGCUGGCCGACUUCACGUCGCGGUUCCCGGGCACGGAGUUCCGCAUCUCGCCGCGCCCGAACAAGCACCCGGUCCUCAAGGCGUACUACAUCAACGGGCGCGAAAAGGCCGUGUGCGUGCGCAACCUGGAGAAGGAGCAGAUCCUGAAGAAGCUCGAGUUCCUCAUCACGAACUCGGGCAAGAAGAACGAGCUCAUCCGCGGCAAGAGCGUCGUCAGCACCAACGAGAGCGUGAGGGGCAUUUGGAGUCCCAUGCACGGUGGGAUCAAGAACAUUUGA